CAGUAUCAGAGGGGGGGGCCCGCUUCUUGUCUGCUCUUAAAACAUUGCAAAUUCUGUUCAACUCUAAAAUUAUUUUUUUAACCUCCUUUGGAAUUUUUUUACCUCAUAAAUAGAUUCAUGUUUGUUUGGGUUUAAUUUUAAUUUUAAUUUUACUCAUGAGAUUAAGAUUAAUAAAUGAAAUAAAGUUGGAUUUUUUAGGGUUUAAUAAAGAAUGGGUUAUGAUUAUUAUAUGGGUUAAAUAUCUGUACCAAAAAGCAAGGAAGGUGGAGAGAAUCUAGAAAUGCCCCUUUCUUUUAUAGUUCCUCAAAAAGACCAAAGAAGAGAAAAUCAAAAAAAUAUAUAAAUGGAGAAAUAAAUAAGAAAUGUGAAGAAGAACAAGCAGAGAAUAAAAGAGAAAGACCAGAUGUUGACAAAUUUCAUGUCACCGUUGGUUAGAAGAUCGUUUGUUUUGUGUGAAUAUUUUCUUCAUCUGGGAUCUCCCCUCUCUCUUUCUCCCUAACACCCUCCCAAACCCAUUAAUCUCCCCUUUUCUUCUCUUUCGAAACAAAAUUAUAAAAUUACCACUUCAACAAGAUUCUUUCUUUUUUUCAUCGACCUGAUGACGAUCUAACCUCUUUUAAUGGUGUUAAACAAAAUACCCACUUUGUUGUUUUUUUUGCUGUAUCAUUAAUUACUUUUGAUUUUGUUGUUGUUUUAAAGCUUUAAUCGUUGUUGAUAUCCUGGAAAAUUUGGGAGCUUUGAGUUAUCUGUGAUGGGGAAGUGUUGAAGCUAAAUCCAUGGGAGAAUCUUGAAUGAGUUUUGAUUAGAGGAUGUGGGUCUGAGGAAUGGGAACAAAAGUGCAGUUGAAAAGCUAUUUGCCCGGAUAUUACUCAAUGAGGGAUCUCAACGAGGAUUCAAACAGUUGUUGCUGGCCACAUUAUUAUGGGGAUAAAACCUUGACAAAUGGUCAGUAUUGCACUAGCUUUUUCUCGAGGGCCAUUGUUGAUGUGUAUCCCGGGUAUGAUAAGGACUCACUGAAGAGAAUAAUGCUUGAGCAUGAGGCUAUAUUUAAGAAUCAGGUGUCUGAGCUUCACCGCUUGUAUAGAAUACAGAGGGAGUUGAUGGAUGAAAUAAAAAAGAAAGAUUUACAAAAAAAUCGGUUUCCUGUUGAGACAUCAUUAUCACCGAGCCUGUUAGCCUCACAAAUUACAACCGAAGAUGCUCACAAAUGGCAUAUACCUGGCUUCCCUGCAGCGAACUCUCUUUGUGGUAGACCGUCAGUUUCUGGUGUUGAAGAUAGUCAUUCUCCCCUUAGUUCAGUGAAGGGAAGUAGCAGCCAAGCCGGUACCUUUCGGUCCCAAAAUGGAGGUAACUCAAAGGAUGUUAAGGUUCUAGAGUGCAGACCCACAAAAGUAAGAAGGCAAAUGUUCGAUCUUCAACUUCCUGCAGAAGAGUACAUUGAUACUGAAGAAGCAGAACAGUUCAGGGACGACACGGCAUCUGGCACGUCAAGUUAUCUUCCAAAUGGAAAUGGGAAAAUUGGACCUGCGAGUGAUGGAAAGCUAUUUCAUGUAGGGAAGACUGAUUGCCUAGAAGAUGCUUCAAGAUCUGAUUCAUGCUCGAGGGGAAAAACUAGUUUGGCCGACUUGAAUGAGCCCGCACAGUUUGAAGAAACUGAUGGUUCUGCAUAUUCGCACUUUCUAGGCCAUGGCCCCUAUCAAGGAGGCCACGAACUGUCUGCUAAACUGAAAGAAACUUCUGUGAACGUACUUCGCUCAAGUGAUGAUAGGUCUGUAAGUAAUAUCCAUAUCAAGGAAAACAGAACUACGAGAGGAUUCUUUUCUAAUGUGCUUGAAGCAGAGAACAGUAAAAGCAACUCAAAGUCGAUUUCUCACGGUUUUCUGCCACAGAAGUUGCCUGUACCUUCCCAGCAGGUACAGGUUCUUCCUGAAAAAACUCGUGAAAUCUCCAGUAACGGUCGUCCAGAGUCAACUGUUAUGUCUAAUGUACCUAGUUUGAAUCCAUUUGGCUCUUCUGAUGUGGUAAAGCCGUGGUCUCAUUCAGCUUCUUCUUGGGACAAUCCUUCUAGUAGCUUAAGCGAGAAGCCAAUGACAGUUCCGACUCUCCCAUUUUUGAAUUCAUCUGGUCCAUCUAGUAAGAGUUCUGUGAUAUCAUCCCAGUGCAAUGGGAUUUUUGGAGAGAAGUGGCAGGUGAGUAGUAAUUCUAGACCUAAUCCGAGUUUCGGAAGUGAACUGCCUACUAGAAAUGGUUUUUAUUAUGGUUCGUCAUCGGGGUCCAGGGAACAUGCAAUUCGCUUCCCUUCAAUGAGUUAUGAGUAUCCAAAUUGUACCAAUGAUAGUAGGGGGGUCCCAGGGCACUUCACUUCUCAAGGUUCAACUAAGCCUUACAACUGCUCAAAUAGUGUUGAUAUGAAGUCUGCAAGUGGUGUAAAUUUGAAUAUGGUGCUUUCAAACAGUUCAUCUAAUGAGCCCAUUUUGCAACAAGGUCCUCAAAUGGAUGGACAAAGAAACCGUGAGGACCAACUCCGAGGGCUGCCAUGGCUACGAGCCAUGCCUGUUUGUAAGAAUGAGGCCACAAGUGCAGGAAGGGAUUUGAAUGUAGGAGAGUUGAACUUCUCUCAAUCUUCUCUGAAGAAACCAACCAAUAAAAAUGGAACUGGCAAUGAUUUCAACCAAAAUUUUACGCAGGAUGUGAAUCCGGUUUCAUUCUCCAAUGAUGUCGACACCAGCAGGAGCGAAAUAGGUGAAUGCCUGCACAAUAGGAAGAUAUUAGUGGUUCCCAUUUUCGAAAAGCAUUAUGUUACGAAGAACGAAUUGUCUUUGACCACCCCAUAUGCAUCUGUUCCUCAACCAUCAGAAUCUGAAGCAGAAAAUAAAGGGAGAAAAAUAUUACUUGAUAUUAACUUACCUUGUGACGUGACUCUUCCGGACAUGAACCAAGACAUUGUUGCAGAAAAUUCAGCCAUAGAAAAGGAAGCAAAUACAAAGCUACCAAGUUCCCCACAUCAGUUUGACUUGAACUCCUGUGUCGAUGAGGAUGAAGCUUCUUUUGUACCCUCUGUUCCGAGCAGUGGUAUGAAGAUGACUCAAGGGAUAGAUUUGGAAGUGCCACUAAUUCCUGAGCCUGAAGAUGUCAUUCAUGGAGAAGAAUUACUGGAAAAGGCAUUUGAACCACCUUUGCAAUCAGUACAAAGCAAAGAUGACUCUAUGCAGGAUGAACUCAUAACGAUUGCAGCUGAAGCAAUAGUAGCCAUCUCAUCUUUUCUUCAGGACAGUAGUUCGGAUGAUGUUGAUUGCAGUUCAUCUGAAAACCCUACGACAGACCCCCUUAAUUGGUUUGUUGAGACAAUUUCCUCUUUUGGGGAGGAUCUUGAGAGCAAGUUUGAGGCUCUUUCGCGAGGUAAAGACGGGGAUCGAAAUGAAUCUUCCUCGGAAGAGAUUGAUUAUUUUGAAUCAAUGAUUUUGAACUUAGCUGAAACCCAGGAAGAGGAUUAUAUGCCCAAGCCUAUGUUUCCUGAAAACUUUAAAGUAGAAGAAACAGGAACGACAUCUUUGUUAACAAGUCGAACACGAAAGGGCCCGGGAAGGCGAGGAAGGCAGCGGAGGGACUUUCAAAGGGACAUCCUUCCAGGCCUGGCUUCCCUAUCAAGGCAUGAGGUAACGGAAGAUCUUCAGACAUUUGGAGGAAUUAUGAGAGCAACUGGUCAUUCUUGGCACUCGGGAAUGACAAGACGGAACUCUACUAGAACUGGGUGUGGCCGAGGGAGGCGGCGGUCUGUAACUAACUCCUCUCCUGCUGCAGUGGCUGCCACAACUUGUAUGCCAUUGAUGCAGCAACUUAAUAACAUUGAAGUGGGGCUGGAGGAUCGGAGCCUUACCGGAUGGGGGAAAACAACUAGACGGCCUCGCAGGCAACGAUGUACAACGGUGAAUCGCCCAUCUCUUGCAUUAACCUAAACCUAGAGAGGCUUUGAUGUAUUAAUUGAGGAUGUUAUAGAGGAAACUUGGUGAUUAUUGUUUCAAUGGCUUUGAGAAGUGAGGUUAUUGUGAUCUUUUGGGGAUUGCCUCUUAGCCUGAAAUUUGGCGAUGCUUGAUUUUCUGUCUUGGGGGUGAUUAUGGACAACUUGUAUUAUCCAUAAAUAAUGUUGCAAUAGUUAUUCCCAAGAUAUAUAUAUUUAGUGAAACCAAA